CUUCCGGUCCAACCGCCCUCAGCUAAGAUGGCGGCCGUAGAGAAACGGCGGCCGGCGGUGGUCCCGGUGGCCAAUUACUCCGAUGGCGGCCGGUCCUCAGUAUCCCGGGCAGCGACAACCGUCGAGAGCGAAGAGGAGUUCCUGAGGCAGGUCGGCGUGACGGAGAUGAUGCGCGCGGCGCUGCUGAAGGUGCUGGAGGCGCGGCCCGAGGAGCCGAUCGCUUUCCUAGCGCAUUACUUCGAGAACAUGGGCCUGCGCUCGCCUGUGAACGGCGGCGCCGGGGAACCCCCAGGCCAGCUCCUGCUGCAGCAGCAGCGCCUUGGCCGUGCGCUGUGGCACCUCCGCCUGGCUCACCACUCUCAGAGGACCGCCUUCAACAACAACGUGGGCGUGGCCUACGAGUGCCUGAGCGCCAGCGGGCGCCGCAAGCGGCCGGGGCUGGACGGCCGCACCUACAGCGAGCUACUCAAGCGCAUCUGCCGCGACGGGGAGGCCCCCGAGGAGGUGGUGGCGCCGCUCCUGCGCCGGCUCCAGUGCCGCGACCACGAGGCCGUGCCGCUGGCCGUGUUCCGCGCCGGCAUGCUCACCUGCUUCGUGCUCCUGGAGUUCGUGGCGCGCGCCGGCGCGCUCUACCGCCUGCUGGAGGACCCCGCCAUGGCCGUGGCCGACCGCCGCGUGGGCCAGGCCGUGCUGGACACCCUGGAAGGCGCCCUGCAGGCCAGCGACAGCACCGCGGCGCCCGCCUGCUACCUGGAGGCCGGCUCCCGCCUGGGCCCCGACAGCCUGGCCAUGGCCAUGGAGCGCGCGCUGGUCGGGCGGCGGCCCAGCAACCCCAUGUCGCGCGUGGAAUUCCUGGAGAAGGCCGCGGCCCUCUUCAUCGCCAAGGUCAAGCCGGUGGGCUGAGGGCCCCCCCGCCCCGCCCCUGGCACCUCACCCGCUGCUGCCUCAGGGACUCCCUACCCCC